GAGUUGAGCCUUCAGCUGGUGCAGUUCAGUUUCCUACUCUCUCUACGCUCGUGUUGUUUGUGCAACUCUUGCUGAAUUUUUAAAGUAAUUUGCAAGUUUAAGUAAAUCAAGUGCAUUUAUAAGGAAUAAUGGGUCAAAUCAAGAAAGCUUCAUCGGCAUUGAGCAAAUUGUUUGUCUAUGGCGCCUUAAAGUACGGACAGCCGAGCAAUUCGAUCUUGGCCAAUACUGGCAACGGUUAUGCCAAUUUCUGGUGCCGUGCGACAACUACACAGAAGCUGCCGCUAGUGAUUGCCACGCGGUACAACAUUCCGUUCUUGCUCAACAAGCCCGGCGUUGGAUAUUAUGUAACCGGUGAGAUCUACGAGGUGGAUGAUCGCAUGCUCAACUCGCUGGACAAUCUUGAGGAUUGCCAGGACAUUUACACGCGCGAGAUGCAGGACAUGAACAUUGGCGUGGGCGAGGGCACCGUUCCCUGCUGGGUCUAUCUGCUGCAGAAAUAUCCGGAGAAGCUGCUGUCGCUGCCAUAUUUGUCCGGCUAUGAGAAUAGCUCCACACAUCCCUAUAUAAUGCGCCAUCGUCGCACACACAAGCAUCCGGCACAGGAUGAUCUCAGCUAUGAAACAGCUCAAAACUAAAUUGUGUUCGAAAAGGCGUGGCCAAUUAUUACUAUAUAUAUAACUACCGGUAGUUGCAUUUGUAGAACGUAUACAGACUUAAAAACCAAUUAUAUGUACACGCAUUUAGACGCAGGUGUACAUAAUAUUAACUGAUAUAUACACAUAUUAUAUGCGUAUUCUAGUUUAUAGCGAACGUAGUUUGUAAUUUUAUAAGUUUCGAGAGAAAAUAAAAGAAAUUCGAGUAAA